AUGCUGGAGACUCUGGAGUCCCUCUCCUCCCGCCUGCGAAUGCCUCCACUGAUCCCAGCUGAGGUUGAGAAGAUCCGAGAGUGCAUUGGCGACAACAAAAAUGCCACCAUGGAGCUGGAGAAGCUGCAGCCGUCCUUUGAGGCCCUGAAACGCCGUGGGGAGGAGCUGAUUGGACGGUCGCAAGGUGCAGACAAGGACCUGGCAGCCAAAGGUCAGGGGGAUUGGAACUGUCACAUGUUCCCUCCUUUCGGUUUUUUGUCAUGCAAAUUCUUAUAUUCCACCCCAACGGAAAGAGAUUCUCAUUAUUUUGGUUUGUGAUGUUUCCUCCAUUUCAGAAAUCCAGGAUAAAUUAGACCAAAUGGUGUUUUUCUGGGAGGACAUCAAAGCCCGGGCCGAGGAACGUGAAAUUAAAUUCCUGGAUGUCUUGGAACUGGCAGAGAAAUUUUGGUAUGACAUGGCUGCCCUCCUGACCACCAUCCGAGACACACAGGACAUUGUCCAUGACUUGGAGAGUCCGGGGAUUGACCCAUCCAUCAUCAAACAGCAGGUUGAAGCAGCAGAGGUAAGGAUGGCAAAGGCAAACAUUUCUGCGGUAGGCAAACGGAAUGGCCUGCUGCGCAAGGCAUGGAAUAAUACGCUCACCUAUAAUAAAUAGAAAACCUCCCAAGGUGAAAAUGAUUCAAAUAAUCCUAUUUAAAAGCAGAACAGAUUUCUGUUCUUCGGUCUUUAAAAUCUCUGCAUUUAGCAGCUUUGGCAACUGCCUUGCAUAUUGUUAUAGCAAGGUAUGUGUGCUGCUGCCUGAGCUUCCUGCCUUUUUUCUUUAGAAAUUUAAUCUCUGAUUAGAAGUGCAAUUUAAUAAACAAGAAGGCUUAUAAAUGUGUGCUGUGAGUCACUCUGGCAACCCAGAUGCCAUUUUGGAGCAGUGCUUGCUAAUAAAACAUCAACCACUGUGGUGACCUUAAUCCUGCAGACAAUCAAGGAGGAAACGGACAGUUUGCAUGAAGAACUGGAGUUCAUCCGGAUUCUUGGGACUGACCUGAUCUUUGCCUGCGGUGAGACAGAAAAACCAGAAGUGAAGAAAAGCAUAGAUGAGGUGGGUAGAUUGUGGCCCCUGGGCCUCUCUCUCUGACCAUUGGACCUCUCCCUAAGUCACACACCCUUCCUCAGUCACACAUCCUCUCGCCAGCCUGGUGUCACACUCUCCUUGAGUGCUACUGCCUUGCUAGAGGCAUGUCCUUGAACCCUGAUCAUGCCUCUCGUUUGCCUGGAUGGAGAAUAGAGAGGGUUGUGGGAGUGUGUGUAGAAACCAGCCUAUGGCACAGAGGACUGCUGAAACUUCCUCAGUCUGAUGAAGAGACAUGUCUGCAGUAGAACUUUGCUGCUGCUCUCAUUUCGUUGUCAGAUUGGGAGGCCAGGAAGGCAGGGAUCCUGCAAAGUGAAUCGGGGGCAUCAGUACACCACCCAUACUUAGCAAGUGUGUUCUCCAGCUUAGCUUACCUGUGCUGCAAAUGGGAUAUCGGAGCAGGCAGGGGACAGGUAGCCCAGGGCACUCCCCCCCCCAAAAAAAGGUUCCUUUACAGAUUCCUGAAAAGCAGGCAAUAGUCUGGGCUGCCACUUGGCAGGCAUGAGAGUCAGUUGAAUAAAGAAAGGCACAUGCGAUGAUCUCCAGGGCUGACCAGGACUUGGUGCCUGCGGCUCCCCUGUCUGAAUCCAACCCUGCGCACUGUGCUGCCUAACUGGCUCCCACACUGGCAAGACGCCCAGCCCCCAAUGACCUCUCCUUGCUUUUGCAGAUGAACGGUGCCUGGGAGAACCUGAACAAAACCUGGAAGGAGCGGCUGGAGCGGCUGGAGGAGGCCAUGCAGUCGGCAGUGCAGUACCAGGACACGUUGCAGGUGACAACGGGUGGAGGGGGAGGUGAUGCGCAGGGGUAGGGAAAGCGCAGAGGCAAGGGAGAUGCUUUACCAGACCAUUGGUCCAUCCACACUGACUCUCUAGGAUUUCAAGCAGGAAGGCCCCCCAACCCUACCUGGAGAUGCCGCCAGGGAUUGAACCAGGGACCUUCUGCAUGAAAAGCAGCUGCUCUGCCACUGAGCCAUGGUGCUUCCUAAGGAAAGCAGGGAUCAUUUCUAGCUACUGCCUGAAACGGAUUCCGGCUCUUAAUUCUGAGCAUCUUUCAUUGUAGUGCCAGGCUUAAUGCAUAAACAUCACAGAGUAGUCGGAGGAACACCAGAUUCUUGGAGGGUGGGAGGGCCAGUGUCAUUUUAGUUUAUUAAUUAAGGUUCUUAUACACCAGCCUUUGCACACCUGGUGCCCUCCAGCUCCCAUUGGCACUGGUUGAGAGCUAAUGGGAGUUAUAGUUCAAAACAUCUAGAGGGCACCAGGUUGGCGAAGACAUCAGUAAAACAAUAGGAACAUAACUGCUGUUGAAACCAGUUAUGAAUUAUUAGUUAAAAAUGACAGCAUCUCAGAAUAGCACUUAGACCUUGGGCAGAAUAGCUAAAUUCUUCCAAAGGCCAGAGAGAGAGCAGCUAUGUUUCAACCUGGUGGUGGAAUCCCAGCAAAGUUGUAGCAAUCUGCACACCUGAAGUGAGAGAGUUUCACAAUCGGGCACCACUACAGAAAAGACCUUGCUUCAUGUCAUUUAGGCCUGAUUCUAAUAUAAUAAUUGUAAAUGGAGCCUCUGUGUAUAAGGGCAGUCUACCUUAGGGUGGCUGACACUGGGGAGAAGCAGCAGGGGAUGAUCCAAACCUUGCCUGUCAGCAUUCCACUGUUAGGAACAGGAUACCAGGCUGGACAUGGAUCUUUGGUCUGACCCGGCAGGGUUGUUUUGUAUUAAGGGCCAGGCAUCUCAGAGGAGUAGUUGAGCCUGUGAGAAAGAGGAGAGGCUGAGGGAAAGGGUUAUGAACUGGGUGCUGACUCUUUUCAUGGAGGCCAGAACGCUGUGCCACUGGGUGGUAGCUGGCUGGGUCUCCCUUCAUUUGUGGGCCUGCUCCCUUUUCAGGCCAUGUUUGACUGGCUGGACAACACAGUGAUCAAACUCUGCAACAUGCCCCCUGUGGGGACGGAUCUCAACACCGUCAAAGAGCAGCUGAACGAGAUGAAGGUGCGUGUGUUUGUGCACUGUGGUAUUUUCAAAUGGUGGGCGGUUUAUAAAUUCUUUAAAUAAAUCAUCAGGCCCAGUCCUGAGCGUGAAACUCCCUGCUUUCUCCUUCUUGACAGGAAUUUAAAAUGGAAGUUUACCAGCAGCAGAUCGAGAUGGAGAAACUGAAUCACCAGGGAGGGCUCAUGCUCAAAAAAGCCAUGGAUGAGACAGACCGAGACAUCAUCCGGGAGCCUCUGACGGAGCUGAAGCAUCUGUGGGAGAACCUGAAUGAGAAAAUAGCCCAUCGGCAGGUAUGGUGGGUGAACUGCCAGGGCCUGAGGUGUGGGUAAAGCCUUUAAAGCCCUCGCUCCAUCUGAAGAUGGCAUAGGUUCAAUUAAAGGGGCUGGCUAUCACCUUUUGAAGCCCCAAAGGGUCUCAGACCAGGUUACCUUGAGGGCUGCCACUGCUGCUUCCUCCUUGGGCCUGGCCAGGCCCUCCACUGCGUGUCCCAUUGCUAACUGGAGUGCUAGAGAUUUGUGCAGCUUCUGUGCUGAUGGUCUUUUGUCAUCUAGUAAACACUUUUUUUCCCUGCUUAAGCUGAUGUUUUGCUUGCCUUCUGUCUUCCUGUUUUAUUUUUACUUGUUGUUGGGUCCUGUUAUUUAUUUGCCUGUUUUUGGUAUACUUUGCACUAUUUUUAAAGUACUGCAACUUUUAAGUGCUCCUCCUUGGUGCAUAGAAAAAUGGGAUUUUAAAAAUCCUAUAAAACAAAUAUACACACACCUAACCUUGUUUUCUUAAAAGAAAUUCCUCUUCUCACCUUGUCUAUAAACAGCACAAGCUAGAAGGUGCCCUCUUGGCCCUUGGCCAGUUCCAACAUGCACUGGCUGAGCUGAUGGCCUGGCUGACCCACACCGAAGAGCUGCUGGAUGCCCAGAGGCCCAUCAAUGGCGACCCAAAAGUCAUUGAGGUGGAAUUAGCUAAGCACCAUGUAAGUACAGGGGAAGGGGUUUUACAUUGUGAACCACCCUGAAAACUAUGGAUGAAGGACGAUAUACAAUUUUUGUAGUAGUAGUAGUAAUACUUGCAGAUUGCUUUUUGCAAAGAGUUCCCUGUUUCUGUCCUUCAGUGAGAGGAGUCCAGCUUGGCAGCAGAAUGUGUCUGUUCUCAGCUUAAGGUCCUGGCCCAUCUCUAGUGACUGGGCUCACAAAAUUUCCUUGAGACCUUAGAGAGCUGCUGCUAACUGCAGUGUGUGGCUGCAUGGGCCAAAGAUCUGGUUAAGUCAGCUCCUUUCUGUCCUUUUGCCAUUGGGCCACUGCAGAGCUUUUGAAUGACAAAAGUGCCCCCUCCUCCAUAUCCUGCCCCAGGAAUCUUCAUCUUUCUGGGCUGUCACUGCAGCUGUGUCAUUAUAGCUGAAUCGGAGGCUUGCUUUGAGGAAAGGACUGGGAAUAUUAUGAGAGCAGCAUCAAUGGAUGACACUGGAAGCUGCCUUAAGUGAGGUAGACCCUUGGUGUCCUGGCUCCCACUUACGGACACAAUGCUGGCUCUCAGAGCAGUUAUUCCAAAAGCUUUCUUCCAGAAUUCACUGCAGGGCACAGACAUGAGAUGAGUGUAGAUAGGUGCUUACAAGGGGUUGUGGAGUUCAUGGCUAGGCAUAAGUGAAGAUGUUGUCCCAACAUGUGACAUAUCCCCCUGGCGUCCCUUUCUGAAGAACUGGCUGGGCACAGUCAUUCGUGUGGGUCCUUUCCCAAGCCACAGGGCCGGGCAAGCAAACAAGCACUUCUAUGAGAAAGCUGGGUCAGCUCAUGUUGGCACAAGUCAUGCCCUUGGGCAUGGGGUGGGUGGAUGCUGUCUGUUCACAGUCUGACCUGAGCUGGCACUUCCCUGGGGAAGGGAGUGCAUCACUGGCAAGAGGCGGAGUCACUCCCCUGACGCUUGGAAUGCCUGAUGAUUCUGAGAUGGGUCUUUCUCCCAACAACCCACUUUCUGGCCCACUGAGCCACUCCCCAGAAUCAGGGUCCACACUGCCAUCCCAUGGCAACCAGCUCUGCCAAGAUGUCUCCAUGGGGCUCAUGACAAUUGGUUUAUCUCACUCAGCAUUGUCUACCCUGACUGACAGCAGUUCCCGAGGAUGUCAGAAAGAGUCUUUGCCAGCCCUACCUGGAGAUACCAGAGAUCCAGCCUGGCACUGUGUGCAUGCAAAGCAGGUGCCCUGCCACUGAACCACAGCCUUUCCUCUAGCUGGGGUGUUUGCUUGGGCUUGCCAGGCCACAUUUGGUCAGUUAUUACCAGUAACUUACUGCUGAUGCUGAGAGUGUUUUGUGAGAAUAUCCAGGAAGCCUCAUCUCAUGGGCUUUGCUUCCUGAGUUUGUACACCGAAACCAAAAUGCAGGAGACUCCAGCCAUGCUGAUUGACAGGGGCUGAACUUGGGUCCACCAUCCUUUGCUAGUGCCACAGAGGCUUGCAAGGGCCCUAAAGUAUUUCCUCUUCUCCAUCUGCAACACCACACUAGGUGCUGAAGAAUGAUGUGCUGGCCCAUCAGUCCACAGUGGAGACAGUGAACAAGGCUGGCAAUGAGCUCUUGGAAUCCAGCGCAGGGGAUGAUGCCAGCAGUCUCCGGAACCGCCUGGAGACAAUGAAUUCAUGCUGGGAGUCGGUGCUGCAGAAGACAGAGGAGCGAGAGCAGCAGCUGCAGAUGACCCUUCAGCAGGUCAGCUGGGAAGAGAGUCUGGCCUCCCUAGUUAGGCGGGCAGUGGGUGCUCUUCAGAGCCCUCUCGUUCCUUGCAUUCCUCGCCCAACAUUUCAAAGGAGCCACAUUCAGGCAUGCACCUGAACACACAUACGGUUGAGAUGGGAGUGGGGAAGGUGGGGGCACGUCUCGCAAUGAGCACCAAGGUCUGUAGGGUUUCUUGGACUGUGUGUCUCCCUACAAAAAGGAAGGCUUCCAAUUGCAGGGGGUUUCUAAGCAAGUUAAUUACCAAUUCUUUAAAAAACAAACCACUUCAGACCUUAUCACAAAUUGAAGUUCUCCCUAUAAGAAUAACUGAAUCUUCAGUGCAUAAGUUGGCAUUAUGUUUUUAUAUUAUUUUGUUUUUUGUAAACCAUUCUAACUAUUUGGGGGGGGGAUGAAGGAUGGGAUAUAACUCUCUUGUUAAAUAUACAAGUGAAAGGAGUUGUGAAGAGCAGCUGGUGCCCUUGGGGGGAGGGGAUUGGGGGGGGCCUGUGUGUGCUGCCCCUCCUCCUGGUUAUUUAUUUAUCCCUUUGUGUGUUCAGGUGAUUGCCCACCAAGACUUGCUCUGUGGCUGGACUUGUUUGGGUGUACAGAUGAGUCUUUCUCAGCUGCUUCCUCACUUUGGAGAUGAUUCGUUCUUUGAGCCAGAGUCUUUUUGGGAAAGCUUUUCUUACUUCUGGGAGCUAGGCUAGAAGAGGAUGGCUAGAAAUAGGCUGGGAUUUGAACCUAAGCUUAUGCUUGGCACUUUGGUUUUGUUUUUUUAAUGUCACUACCUCAAAAUGUAUUUCUGUACUUUUGGUUUUUUAAAUCCUGGUAUCUCCUGCUGAGGUUUCCGAAACCAUCAGAGUGAAUUGCUUGUGCCCUUCAGUCUAGCAUGUGCUUUGUGUUCCCUUGCAGGCUCAAGGUUUCCAUGGUGAAAUUGAAGAUUUCCUCCUCUGGCUCACGAGGAUGGAGAACCAGCUGUCUGCCUCCAAACCGACAGGUGGGCUGCCGGAGACUGCUCGAGAGCAACUGAAUGCCCACAUGGUGAGUUGUGAUGGCCGAACUGAUGCCUGGAAUGAAUGGCCCCUUAAUAUGGGAGGGAAGGAUAAUGUGCAUCACAGGUGAGACGUGAAAUACCUAAAAGGGAAAGCACCAGAGAAAAAGGAAUAGGGGAAGGCCUGGUUAGCUACAUUCCAGCUUACAGUGCACAGCUGUAUCUACCUAAGGUACUCGUGGAUAUUCCAUGUUAUUGCAGUCACUCAGCUAUCAGCUGGCAUCAGCAACCCUGGACCACCACAAAUAUGAAGUUUUUACACGUAAGGAUGUCACAGAGAAAAAUGUGUGCACAGUCAGGUGUAAAGAUUAUUCACCAGUGGGAACCUUCCCCCUAAGUUUCGAAGCCACAAGCGGGAAGGGUGAUUUUUGUCCAGAUCAUGACUGGGUGGGGUAGACCCCCUUCCCAGGGAUUGUGGUCUUGAUCAGAUUAGGGAUCUCCCAUCCCUGUAAUUAGAUAAUGAAAACCUGUAGGCGUAGCUGCACACCACAUGCUUAGAGUAACAUGAAGCGUUGGCCCUGAGAAGCUGGAAUUGGCAGGCAACCCCCAGAGCCAAGUGCACCUGGCUAACAGCAGAAGCAAUCUUCACACACAACUGUCUACUAGGUCUUGCCUAUGCCACGUGAACCCCCAUGUCAGGAAAAUUUGUCCUGCAAAGCAUCCCUUGUUUACGAUGCCUGUGUGUUGUGCAGGAGCUCUAUGCCCAGUUCAAAGCCAACGAGGAGGUCUACAGCCAGCUCCUGGCUAAAGGGAGGCUGAUGCUCCUGAGCCGCGAUGAUUCUGGGUCUGGAUCAAAGACAGAGCAAAGUGUGGCUCUCUUGGAGCAGAAGUGGGGCCUCGUCAGUAUGAAGAUGGAGGAGAGAAAGGUAAUGUGCUAGGAGGGGGGGUGGUGUACCCAUCACCAAAUCACUGUACUCACAUUUGCAUGGUGCAGAGCAGGGAACUCUUGUGUGAGUGCCACACAUUCCCUAGCUUGUGCAGGAAAGCGAGGCUCUGCACAUGUGGAGCUUCAUACAGAGGAACUCUUGGGACUUGAGGUGGUAUUAAAGAGGUGUGUGUUUGAAAAGGGAGUGGAGAGAGAACCUUGCUUUGGUUUUAAUCCAGCUGUUUCACAAUUCCAUUAUUGGUAAGUUGUGAUGGUCCAAUAGAGCAGGGGAAGCUAAUGUGGUGCCUUCCGGCUGUUCUCGGGCUCCCAGCCCCCAUGAGCCCCAGCCAGUAUGGUCAAUAGUCAAGGAUGAUGGACACUGUGGUGCAGCAGUACCCAGAGGGCACCACAUUGGCUGCCCCCCCCCCCAGUAGGUGGUCUCUUCUUGUUCUGAUGCUUUUUGUUGGAAGAGAACCUGGCUCCAGAAUGGCUUGGAUGAAGGGGAAGAGUUAUCAGCAUUUGAAAUGUGACCUGUUAAUAUGCAAGUCACGUUCAUCGGUUGGACUGAGAAGGUCCAGCCUAGAAGGAGUCUCUCAUUUAUUACACAAUUGUGGUCUUUGUCUCAGAAGCCAGCAUUUGUGAACUUUGGCUGGUGCUCCUUUCUUUCUGCCUUUUGUGCUCAUUCUGCUUUUUCUCCCCCUUCUUUUAAAACUCAGUCCAAGUUGGAAGAGGCCCUCAGCUUGGCAACCGAGUUCCAAAAUUCCCUGCAAGAUUUCAUCAACUGGCUCACCCUUGCAGAGCAGAGCUUGAAUGUUGCUCCUCCACCCAGCCUCAUGUUCAACACAGUGCUCUCACAGAUAGAAGAUCACAAGGUAAUGAUGCCCACCUGGGUGUGCAUGUGUGCAUUCAGGGAGGGUGGGGGGAGCUAUCUGACUUGAAUAGUGAAGCUGCCAAAAGGUAGAGAAAAACUUAAUUAUUUAAAAUAGCUGUGGAGUAUUGAGAGAACUCAAUUAAGGUUCUAUAAUUGUAUCAUAUUCACAAGUGCUCGAAACUUGAGAAAUAAAAUAAGAGCUAGAUAGUAUCUUCUAUCCCCAGCAAGAAUAGACAAUAAGCACUUCCACAAGAACAACAAUAAACAAUGCCUAGGUAUAGCAGCCAAAUAAGAAAAGACUUUAAAAUUAAACCAGGGAAAUAUUCCAUCAUAGGUGUUUUCAAAUAACCAAGUUUUUGAAACUGCAAGAUAGAUAGAUAUUAACAUAUAAUAAAGAGGAAAGGCUAUCACCAUGCUGCAGUUUGCUUGGCUGCCAGUAGGUGGCACUGCUAGCCAUUGGUGGUUGAGAAGAAGGGAAGCAGAAGAGGGAAGGUCUAUGGUCCAGCUAAGUCGUGGAGGAACUGUCAGGACAGGUUGGGGUAGCUCCCCCAAAACUCCUGCUCUUUUGCUGCGGCUUGCCUAACACCAUUGAUGCCAUUUCAGCACCAACAGAGGAAAGAGAGAAACACAGGCAGGUGGGCACCCCAGGAGAGCUGCCUAGAAAUGGUCAAGGCAGGGCAGCUCCCCAGCAACCAUCCCACUCAGCUGCCACCCACCACUGCUCUCUUCUUCGUCUCUUCCACUGAGGUUGCAACAGCAACUUUGGUGUGAGGCAGGCAGUAAGAAUAGGAGGGUUGGGAGAAUGUCUAAAGCAAGGAGGCAUUGGCAAGUGGAGGUGAGUGAAGUGAGCAGUAGCACAGCCGUAGCACAGUAGCACAACCACCAAUCAUAAAGUAUGAAGCAUUAACAAAUUAAUACUCUGUGAUAUUAAAAAUGUGACUUAAAAUCAGUUAAUAAAAAAUAUUCUACUAACUUUUACGCAGAGUACACCUAUCGAAACUAGUGGGCCUAAGUUAGUCAAGGCCAUUAAUUUCAAUGGGGUCUAGUUUGAGUAAAAGUUAGUUGACUACAACCCCAGCCUUCUACUAGUUCCCUAAAACAAGUGAUGGGGCUUGUGAGAUGGGUCAGAUUAUUCAUUUGUUGCAGGUAGGGAACUGGAGGCUGUGUGUGUAUGUGGCUCACUCAUGGCUACCCAGUCAAUCUGUGGCCAUGGCAGGCCCCAGCCUAGUCUUGGGACUCCCUUGCCAGCCGUAGUGACUACAGUUGAGCUUUGUGCCAUCUCACCUUGGAACAAAACCUCCAUCCCAAAUGGCCUUCCCUGCAUUAUGUGGUGCCUAAGAGACCCAGGAGAGCAGCCUUCAUUUUUUCCUUGUCAGGUGUUUGCCAAUGAAGUGAACGCCCACCGGGACCAGAUAAUUGGCCUAGACCAAAGUGGAAACCAGCUGAAGUUUCUCAGCCAGAAGCAGGAUGUGGUCUUGAUCAAGAACCUCCUGGUCAGUGUCCAGUCACGCUGGGAGAAGGUCGUCCAGCGGUCAGUGGAAAGAGGGCGGGCUCUGGACGAUGCCAGGAAGCGGGCAAAGCAGGUGAGGAACAAUCCUUUGUAGGCUAGAAGCCAGGGAGGCACAAAGGGCAUCAGCUCAGAGCUACAAAAUAUUUCUGUUCCUCUUGGGCUCAUUGAGGGCCAGUGGCGUAUUAGGCACUGUUUGCAAAAGUAUGAAAUGUGGGUCAGGUGUUAGGGGGUGGGGGGGGUAGGUGAAAAUUGGCAGUGAGUAGUGGAGCUCGAGAGGCAUGUGAAUUCUAAUAAUAAAUUAAAUGGAAAAAAUUAAUCUUCAUAGUUCCAUGAAGCUUGGAAGAAGCUGGUUGACUGGUUAGAAGAUGCAGAAAAUCUCCUGGAUUCUGAGCUUGAAAUUUCAAAUGAUCCCGACAAGAUCAAACUGCAGCUCUCUAAGCACAAGGUUAGAAUUGCAUGUGGGACAGUUCCUUUGCUUCUUGUGAAAUUAUCUGUAGUCACUGGCCUCAUUCUUAACCUAUGUUUUGGGUGGGUUUACUUGGGAAAAUCAGGAGUUCCAAAAAACCCUGGGUGGCAAGCAGCCUGUUUAUGACACCACGAUCCGGACAGGAAGGGCCCUGAAAGAAAAAGCUCAGUUCCCAGAUGACAACCAGAGCCUGGACCAUCUCCUUGGGGAAGUCCGUGACAAGUGGGACACUGUCUGUGGCAAAUCGGUGGAAAGGUGAGUGCCUGAAAGGGCUUCCUAACAGGUAGCAUCCUGUAGUAAGUUGAGGUGCCUGCAGGUCCUACAAGGGGGUGUUAGAAGCCAGCUUUAAGUCACCUAUUUGGAUAGGGUGUGAGGGGCAUUUAUCAGCAUCAAGACCUAUAUUUGACCAGUUUGUAUACUGACUGCACAUCCAAUCAGAGCAGUGCAGGGGCCUUAGCUAGGUUCCUGCUGGAUUUGCUCUGGAUGCAUCUGGAUUCUCCCAGGCCGUUGCUGGUAAUCCACACUAGUCUGUUCUUAAUCUGUUUGCUUUGGAUUUUUCCCCUCUUUAUUAUUAUCAUUGUGUAGUUCUUGGUUUUAUUGUAAUUUUUACAUUGUGCUGUACACUGCUUUAUGAUUUUUAAAUGCAACGCCAUGUAAUUUGUUUUAAUAAAUAAAACACCUUAACACACCAAUUUUUUAAAGGUGUGCCUAAGGUUCUGAUUACGCCACAUUUAUUAUGGUGCCCAAGGAGGUGGCCAGUUGAGGGGAAACACCCACUUACCCCUGCAUUUUUUAUUUUUACAGGCAGCACAAACUGGAAGAGGCCCUUCUGUUCUCUGGCCAGUUCAUGGAUGCAUUGCAAGCCCUGGUUGACUGGCUGUACAAGGUGGAGCCCCAGCUGGCCGAAGACCUGCCUGUCCAUGGGGACCUGGACCUGGUCAUGAACUUAAUGGAUGCUCACAAGGUAACAGCUGCUGGGGGACAGAGCCAUCCAUUUGGAAGCCACUUCACGCUGUGUAAGCCUCAAUGUGUUAUGGACUAAGGCAGUGAACUGGAGUCCCUGUGAAAAUGUACUUGAGUUUCUAAGUUUUACAUCUCACCCUUCAUCCCAAAGGGAGCCCAAGGCAGCUAACAUAAAAGAGUACAAAUAUAAUACAAUAACACAUGAAAAUGUUUAAAACAUCAUUCGGAACGUAAUUAAAAAAUGGGAUGGGGUGGACAGCCAGGAGAAAGAGAGUGCAACUAUGCUCUGUUCCCCUUGAUAGGUCUUCCAGAAGGAGCUUGGCAAGCGAACAGGCACUGUCACGGUUCUCAAGCGCUCAGGCCGGGAACUUAUUGAAAACAGCCGUGAUGACACAACGUGGGUGAAAGUGCAGCUGCAAGAGCUAAGUAACCGCUGGGACACCGUCUGCAAGAUGUCUGUCCUGAAGCAAACUCGGUUAGAGGAGGCCCUGAAGCAGGUGAGAGACGGGAGCAGGGUGGCAUCAUCUGCAACUUUCACAUCUCUUUGGUCCAUACCAGCCCUGUGACUCUGUUGUAUCUAUUGCUCCACCCCUUUUGCCUCUGGCCCCGCCCACCACUGGUGUGUGUCCCCCUACCCCAGAAAGUUCCCUGUGGAGGAAAGUGGCCCUUAGGCUGAGAAGAGUUUCCCAUCCCUGCUGUAUGGCAACUCAAAAGGCCUUUGCUCCACGGGGAAGGGUUCACUGGUGCUGUUUCUCCUUUCUAGGCAGAAGAGUUUCGGACUGCUGUGCAUCUUCUGCUGGAGUGGCUCUCUGAAGCUGAGCAGACCCUCCGCUUCCGGGGAGCUUUGCCCGACGACGCAGAAGCGCUGCAGUCACUCAUCGAUGUCCACAAGGUGGGUAGCUGUUCAGAAGAGGGAAAGGCGGGAGCCUGAGGGGAUUGCCAGGCCGCCAGGCUGAGCUGUUGUACCUUUAACCUUUGCUGCAGGAGUUUAUGAAGAAAGUCGAAGAGAAAAGGCUGGAUGUGAACUCCGCUGUGGGGAUGGGGGAGGUCAUCUUGGCCGUUUGCCACCCAGACUGCAUCACUACCAUCAAGCACUGGAUCACCAUCAUCCGAGCUCGGUUUGAAGAAGUGAGUCACAGAGGCCUUUGCUCUGCCUCUCAGCAGCUGCAGCCAGCAGGAAUGGAGCUGAGAGACUUAAUAAUUCUAUGACUGUAUAAGAAUAAUAAUGCAUUUUGAAUCCCCUUCCCACCUUGCUUCAGCUGCUGUGACAUCAUAGAAGGUUCAUGACAGUGCUGGCUACUGAGAUGAGAGGAGCCAGCUGCAGAAUGUAGAAAUUUACUGCAGUUCUUAAAAUGCUUAGGUAGAAGUGCUUUUGUUUUGAUUUUAUUUUUGGAACAAGCAAGAGCUUUUUAUUUAUUUAAAUGGAAAAAAAUUACUCCACUUUUUGAAUGAACCUUUUUGGAGUAGCUUGUGAAUAAACAUAAUAUAAUCACGUAAGAACACACAGCAUACCCUUAAUAUUUUUUCUGUAUACUCCCUCCAUCUUCAGCUUAAAACAUUUUAAGUCUUCUCCCUUAAUCUAGAUUCUAGCCUAUUUUAUCAUUGGCACCAUUAGUACUAGUUCGCUCUUGGUGCCCUAAGUUUGUAGUGUUAGUAGGUUGUAGAGCUUGCAGGAUAAAACACAAGAUCCAGGUGAGCUAGAGGAGGGGAAUGCAAAAGUGAAGAAGAUGCUUAGGCAAGGGAAGGGGCAUGUGAGUAACCCGGAAAGACAUACCACUCCAUUCCGCUGCCUUCUCUCCCUGCAGAGAUACCUCUCAUUUGCUGCCAACUACCCUUUCUGCUUUUCUCCUCUGCCAGGUUCUCACAUGGGCAAAGCAACACCAGCAGCGGCUUGAAGCAGCCCUCUCGGAGCUGGUGGCCAAUGCAGAGCUGCUGGAGGAGCUGCUGGCAUGGAUUCAGUGGGCUGAGACAACGCUGAUUCAGAGGGACCAAGAGCCAAUGCCACAGAACAUUGACCAGGUCAAAGCCCUCAUUGCAGAGCACCAGGUAACCCUGCCCUGGUUGGCUCCCUCUUUGCCACCUUCCAGAAAAGAGCAUGCUGUGUGUUUGAGAAAGUUGUUCACGGUGGCUUUAAAGUGAAACAAAGCGCCUGACUUCAUUCUUCCUAGCUGUGUGUGAGCUUGCACUGCUUUGGUUUUGCAAUGGAGUAGGACUCCAUGUGCCUGUAAGCUUAGAUCAGAAUGGAGGGUCAUUGUCAUCCCCUUCAGCUCCUACUGCUUAGAGGCACUCUGGCUGGUGCUCCCACCCCCAAUUCUGGCUCACCCUCUUUUCUUUUGACACUUAGUGGGCUAUAUAUAUAUCUAGCACAGGCUUUCUGAACCUGAUGCCCAGCCCUUCAGACUACAGCUCCCAUCAGCCCCAGCCUUGGCGCAGAGGAGCUUUCCCUAACCUGCUGCUGCAGAUGUUUUGGACUCCCAGCAGCUGUGCUGGUUGAGGCUGAUGAGAGUUGCAGUUCAAAACGGCCACGUUGGCUGGGGUUGAUGGGAGUUGCAGUCCAAAACAGCUGGAGGGAAGACUGAUUUAGCAGUGCCAUGCAAGAAAAAACAAUGUGGCAUUAGAUGCAAGAUUUGGGUUCCUGAGAAUUUGAUGCUUAAUUUUGAGAGUGAAGUACUAAGUUCCUAACCCCUAUGGUGGCAAAGAUAUCUUGAAGGUACACGGGCAACGGCUGGUGAAAUGUUACUAUCUAAAGAGGAGACUGAAUAAGAACAAGAGCCAGGGACUCACCAUUCGGUGAAUGGCGGAGUUCCUCCGAUCGGAGGAACGGGCUCCAUGGAAACUGGGUCUUCCCGCCGCGGCGAAGGUGGGGACCUGCUAGAAAUCCCAGGCGGAGGAAGCCUGGGAACGCGGGGUUCGGCAGGGCACCAGGAGCGCCCCCCCUACUCACCGGGAACCCCAUUUUGGGGCGCCGGAGCGAAGUGGGGUGAGCGGCGCGGUGCUGCGAACUGAUUGCUAUUUUCACGGAGUGAAGCCGCACAGCCAUUGCCGGAGAGCGCUGACUUUUUCCUGUGGACAAUUGGAUUCAAAACAAGUACCCGUGAGUAGAAACGGAAAAUUGGAUCAAGAAAUAUCUUAAUUUGGCAUCAAAGCGGGAAGGUUCAAAACAGGAAGUCCGCCUUCCGCUUUCUGUAUAUAGACUAAAGCAAAAACUUUGUAAGCUAAAGCCUGGAAAGCCGUUAAAAAAGUCUAAAUUUCCUUCAUCUACAAUUACUGAAACCCCCUUGGAAGUAGGAGAAAAGGGGGGAGAACUUUGUUUAACCCCUGCAGGAGAGGGAGUGAAGAAGGAUAAGUUUCCACCGUCUCUAACCUGGGAACGGGGUGUCAGAGACAGAAAUAGUUGGAGAGGUUCAUUGACUGUGAAUGGAAUACUUUGACAGAUAGCUAAAGAAGAGAAAUAAACUGAUUCCAAUGUUGCCUUUUGCAUUCUAAAGAAACAAAAUAUCUGAAAAAUAUCUGAAAAAUGAAAGUAAUUUUCCUUUGUUGGACUUGCCUUAAAAAAAUGGAUACAAAUAGAAAUUGUCUCCCCUAGAGGGAGCUUGUUAAAUUGUUGCUGCAGUCUACUUGAGGACUCAACAGCUGUGAGAUUAAGAUCGUGGGACCAGUCUUUUCUGACCUUGACUAAAGAUGAGCUGGGAGGAAGAUUGGGUGCUUGCUUUAUGCAAGACAAGUGCCUUGCUGGAACAGAUGCACGAGAAGAUGGAUUUGAUGAAUGAGAAAAUGGACUUGAUGACUGUUGUGGUUAACAACUGUGGACAAACAGGGAACAUUGAUACAGAAACCAUUCAGGGACCAACUCAUGAACCUGUACUGACUGGGCAAGUGCAGAAGAUAAUGGAGGAGGAUGCGGUUGCACCUCAAAUAAUACAAAGGGAGAAACCCGAGGCCCUACAGGAGCAUAAGCCGCUGUCAUUGAAGAUUGAAGUUGGAGUGGGCCAGGGGGAGUCUGGAGCUGAGGAGGUUCCCAACUUUGGAGAGACCUUGAAAUAUGUUUUUAAAUACUUUUUGGAUUACAUUGAUGACUGUGGGGAGUGGGACUGUGGGGAAUGGGCGGGUUUGAUGAAGGGAGAUGGAGACAAUUUUGGGUUGGAACCCCCCAGAGACCUACUCCUCAAUGAGAAAGGAAAGAAAUUAAGAAAGAGACCAACAAAUGACAAGGAAAAGGGCAAGUAUAAACAAGAAGAAGAAGAUCUGCAGAAGGGACAUGGAAGAGACUUAAGGGCCUCGGACAUAAGACUUCCAGGUUGAUGGACUAGAUGGAAUGGACAGUAAGGACUGACACGACCCGAGACCAGGAAGAAGAGACGUUGGAUGAAGAUUGGAAGAAAAUUUAUAAAGAAAAUUUUUUAUUUGGGGAAUUAGCUUAAAAUCAAUGAAUAUUAGGGAAAAUGUUGGAAUGAAACUAUAUGACUCUAGCAGAAAUGAUAUCAGGAGUUAUGUAUAUUUGAGUAUUAAGAUUCAAGCUUUAAGGUAUUUUAUGGUAAGAUAAGGUUAAAUAAAUCAAGGUAAUUUGAAUAACAGAAUAUGGGGAAAGAUGGAAAGGAUUUGUUGAGCUAAUUAUUAGGUUAAAUUGUUAAGAUAAAUUAUUUAACAAAAAUUGAGAAAGAUGGAAAUAAUUUGCUGAAAUAACUAAUUAAACUAGAAUACAAAAAGGGAGGUGUGAGGAGGUCAAUGAAACAAGCAAAUGGAAGUUAAAGAUAUGUAAUUUGGGAUUUGUGUCUUUUUUUUCUUCCUUUUUUAUUUUUUUUGUUGUAUUGCUGUAUUGGUUUUUAUGUUUUGCGUUUUUUUCUUUUUUAUGUAUUGUAGUGGUUUUUUUCUUGUUUUUUUUCCUAUUAUUCUGAAACUAUUGAUAAAUAUUAUUUAAAAAAUAAAAAGAAUAAGAACAAGAGCCAAUCUGGUGUAGUGGUUAGAGUGUUUGGGCUAGGGGCUGGGAGACGAUGGUUCAAAUCCCCACUCGGGUAGCCUAACCUACCUCACAGGGUUGUUGUAGGGUUAAAUAGGAAAUAAUAUAAAUGUGAUAAAUAUUUAUGUAUCAUGUAUGGCCUUUCAUCUGUAGAUCUCAGGGCAAUUCACAACAUAAAGAUACAAUAAAAUAGAAAAUACAAUAUAAAAAACACAAACUGCAUAACAAAAAUAAGAGCAAAAACAAACCAAUAAUCCCCCCUCCCGCAACACAUUUAAAAGGGUAUCAGGUGUUAAUCAGUCAAAGGUGCUUUGAGUUGUUUGGGGAUAGGACUGCUUACAUUAGCAAAAGGACAACAUUUAGUUGCAUAGUAACAAAAUGCUGCACUCUUCUUCUACCUCUAAUCAUCCUUCCUACUGCUUUUUCCAGUCCUUUAUGGAAGUAAUGACCCGAAAGCAGCCAGAUGUGGAUCGCGUCACAAAAACAUACAAGAGGAAAGCCACGGAGCCGGCUCAUGGACCUUUCAUUGAGAAAUCCCGAAGCAAUAGUAUGUUGGCAACCCUUUGGGCAAAUUUUAAAUAUUUGGGGCCUAAUUCAUUUAGGGCUUUAAACACUAAUAAAAAGCAUCUUGAACUGGGCCUUGAUCAAGAAAUAAGUACUGUAUAUGUGCUCAGGAACACUCCCAUCAUCAUCGGCAUUAUGAUUAUUACUUUUAUUAUGAUAAUUACUGAUGCUACUACUACGUAUUCCAUGGCUGAGACCAGUCUUUAAAACAAAAGUCUGGGCUGUAGCUCUGAUGUGCCUUGGCUCAGAUGCAAGCUUGGGGUGACUUUCUGCACCUCCUUGGACCAGGAUGGGCAGCCUUUGGCCUAGUUUCAUAAGCCCUUGGCAAGCAAUCAUUUCAGGCCUCAGGAGUCUGUACCAGCAGCCUGCUGGGCAGGGUAGGAAGAGAGGAGAAGAGGCGUGAGAGAGCAGCGGGGGGGGGUAGAGAGAAAGAGAGGUGGCUCCGCCUACCGCUGGCUUUAGCCCUGCCCACAGUCAGCAUGUGGCCCCCAAGGAAACACAGCCCUUGUCAGGAAACCUGCUACCUGUCCCUGUCUUCAAACACCCCAUGCAGACUGCAGGGUUCCUGUGAGUUGAUAUGAUCUUAGUGAAGUUUCCAGUUUCAUCUGCAGAAGGAAAGCUCAGCAUUUAGCUCCUGCCUUUCUUCCUGUGCCCCUUCCCCAUAAUUUUUUCAUUACGCCCCUUCGCUUUGCUCAAUUUCUGCUAUGUUUCCUCCCUGUCCCUGUCUUUUUUUCCUCUCAGGAAAAUCCCUGAACCAGACAGCCCCACCCCCAAUGCCAAUUCUCUCCCAGUCGGAAGCAAAGAACCCGCGCAUCAACCAGCUUUCGGCCCGCUGGCAGCAGGUGUGGUUGCUGGCACUUGAGCGGCAACGCAAGCUCAACGAUGCCCUGGAUCGGCUGGAAGAGGUAACCACUUUCCCUUUUUCAUGUGCCCAGGAAGCUUGUAUAUAGCCUUUCCAUCUCCCUUGGGGGAAGGAGGUAGUGCAGUGAGGCUGGAGCAGGGGAAGGCAAACUGCCUUCUCAUUUCCUUUCCCAAACUGGCCCUGCUUUAAGGCUGCUUUUCAGGGUCUGCAAGUCUUCACCACAUUUCCUGUUUCCCUCUUGGUGCUGUGGGGUGUGCUUGUUGGGGUGAGCAAGCCUAGGCAGGGGCCUCACCUAUCCCUGCCCCCUAAAAAAGAGAGCAAUAUCUUAGUAGUCUAGCAACUAAGCCACUUCAUGAUUGUUUUGCCUUGUGUAAGCUAGAAAAAUUACUGGUUUUUAAUUUAUUCUAUGCCACUAUAAUAAUAAUUACGAUUUCUGUGCCUCUCUAUUCAUAUAUGAGUUCACAGUCAUUUACAAUUUGACAAUACCAGCUAGAUAAUUAGCGAAGGUAAAACCACUGAGGCAAAACAGGUAAUGCAAAGUCUGUACAACAGCAGCAGUGCCCAAAAUGGAGAGCAGGGCAAAGGGGCAAGUGUGGAAUUUGUAUCUUGACUGCUUUCCACCCAACCACGCUGCUUUCGGGGAACCAGGUCCAACUUUUCCACUCCUCCAUAGUCCAGGCAUUACUCACUAAAAGACGAAGAAGAAAAAACACAGAUGGAUGGGAACUGGCAGGGCAUACUUUUAGCCCACCCCAAAUCCAUGCAGUUGCUCUUGGCCCCUUGCCCUUGGUGUACAAUUAAGAGCCCUGGUAAAACAGGAUUCUCAGUUGCACAGGAAGCCAUUAGAUGGCUUCUCCCGCUACAGACAUUCACCCCAAAGACGUGAGGGGCAGGGCUAAAUGCACAGCCCCACUGUACCCCUUCCUUAUUUUGGUGAGUUUAGUGUCAACCAGGCAAAUCCUACACUUUGAGAGAAGAGAGAGCUGUGCUGUUGCCUCCUGCAUCUUAGGAGAUGUAAAUAUUUGUGGAUCCUCUUUCCAAGUGAGAUGUGAAACAGCCUUUCCUCUUCCCUUCUCCAGUUGAAAGAGUUUGCAAACUUUGACUUUGAUGUAUGGCGGAAGAAGUACAUGCGCUGGAUGAACCACAAGAAGUCACGUGUGAUGGACUUCUUCCGGCGGAUUGACAAAGAUCAAGAUGGGAAAAUUACCCGGCAGGAGUUCAUUGAUGGCAUCCUGGCAUCCAGUAAGCCCCCUAACCCUUUUAAUGCUUAAAACACUUUCAACUGCCUUUACCUGCGGACUUAGUUUUUUCCCCAGAUUGAGAAGCAGGAAGCAAUUCCUGCUUAGUGUCAAGCAAACAACCCUGCCUGCAAGAAGAGCCAUUGUGGUGCAGUAUAGUGUAAAAACUGUAAUAAAAGUAAUAGUGGUUAGAGUGUCGGACUAGGAGCUGGGAGACCAGGGUUCAAAUCCCCACUCAGCCGUAAAGCUCACUAGGUGACCUUAGGCCAGUCACUGCCUAUCAAAGAUGUCUGACAAAUCUUGCAUUUGGGAUUGGUAAUGGAGUUUCCAUUUGUUCUCUCCCAUUCAGAAUUCCCCACUACUAAAUUGGAGAUGACUGCGGUAGCUGACAUCUUUGACCGUGAUGGGGAUGGUUACAUUGACUAUUAUGAGUUUGUAGCUGCGCUGCACCCUAACAAAGAUGCUUAUCGGCCAACAACAGAUGCAGACAAAAUUGAGGAUGAGGUAAGACAUUUUGAUAAGGCAGCAGGGAUCCAGGAGCUAUGGAGAUAGUUAAGCUGUUUCAAUCUCACACUGCUCUGCAAGAACCUAGGAUGCAGUUGGUGCUGUGUAAGUUGUGGAAGGAUGCCUGCUUAAUCUUCCUGCCUCCCCUCCCUUUAUAGCCCACCUCUUCCAGAAAGCCUUUGGCAAAGCCACCACCUGGUCUCCAUGCCCUAAUUCAAUAGCCCCAUAUUUUUCUCCUGCUACCCUCCCUUGUUACUUAUUUUCUAGCUUGUAAGCACCUUGAGAAAGGGACCUGUUUUCUCAUACUUUGCAAAGCACCACAUGCAUGGAUAGUGCCAUAAGAAUAAUCAUAAUAGUCACAAGUGCCAGCCUUCAUUUGCUCAGGGCUGUCACAUUUCUUUUGUAUGUAAAAAGUCAAGGAAUCAAAAUUCAUGAGAGUGAGAAUUUGAGUCAAGAAGUGAGAGACUUUGCCAAUGCAGUAACAUCCAGGUGUGGAACCCCCUCUGCUCUAAAGUUCAGCUGGUGCCAACCUUUGUUAAAUUCCUAGGCCAGCUGGAGACCUCCUCCUCCUCCUCCUCCAGGCCUUCUAAAUGUUACAUAUGUAGCUGCAGAGUUCCAGAGAGUUGCUCUAAAAAACAGUGGGAGUUGUUUUCAUGGUGAUAAUUGUAUUUUAUUACUUUGUUGUAUUUUAACUUCUUGCAACCCACCUUGAGAUCAUUUGUGAUGACAGGAGGGAUAUAAAUCUUCAAAAUAUAUAUAUAGUAGAACGGGAUUGUGAAUCUUAUCUGGGGGAGGUAGUGUGGUACAAUAAGUAGACCCUCAGACUUGUUCCACUGGGGUCUUGGGUUAAAAUCCCUCCUAUUCAACCAUGAAGCUCACCAAAACAGCCAUAGUCCAGUCACCACUAAUCUUCCUAUCCUCACAGGGUUGUGAUGAAGAUAAAUUGGGACAAUAUUGCCCACCUUUUUCCUUUUGUGGUUUUUCAGUAGGGACUGUCUUAAAGUAAAAACAAAAACCUUUCAAACCAGUUGGAGAGCUUUCCUGUAAUUUAGCCUAAUGGAAUCUCUUCUUUUCUUUCUACCCAACAGGUAACCAGGCAGGUGGCUCAGUGUAAAUGCGCAAAGAGAUUCCAAGUGGAGCAGAUUGGAGAGAACAAAUACCGGGUAAGCUGAAGGGGGCUUUGCUUCCAUUGAUAGUUGGGGGGGGGGUUCCUCUGGCAGCCUGAUGGUUUCAUUGUAAAGGGUUAAAAAAAAGUUCUCUAAUUUCUUUGUGGACCCCCAUUUCAUUUUGUGGCAGGGAACUCCAUGAUUGACUGGGGCAGGGGGGGGAGUGUUUCCUUUUGCCUGUUUUAUUUUCCAGCCCUGUGUGUUCCUCUGAGAUUUAAACAUAGUCCUUCUGAAAAUGCUCAUGGGCAACUUCUGUGCUGCUUCUGUUUUUGUCUCAAGUUCUCAGAGUCUUCCACUGGCAAUAAAACCAUCUAGCUUAGCUUCCCCACGUGCCUGAACUGUGUGCAAUUUUAGCUGAGGUGCAAACAAUCUGAGCAGCCACUUGUUGGUGGCUGCAUUUUUAAGGAACAAAGUGGGGGUUAUAAUUAUCACUUGGGUUGGCAAAAUGUCUUGAGCUUGCCCUGAAUUUAGCACAAGAGCAGAGAGUGUAAAAUAACCAGCACUGGCCCUAGUCACAUUUCUAAAGUGUACAAGAUCUUUGGCUUGCUUCGUUAAUAUAAAUAUGUAUAAAAGGGAAGUACCAAAAUGUGACAUUUAGCAUGCUGAGUAAUGUUGAGUAUACACAUCAGUGGUACUUGUGGUUAACAAGACAUUUUUCAUAGUGAUGCUCUGUUAAUGCUGCUCAAUGUUUUUUGUUCCCCCUCUCUCUCUCCCCCUCCUUCCCCUUCUCUCUCUUUCAUUUGUACUUUCUUCUCCUUUGUAGUUCUUCCUCGGCAACCAGGUACAGUGUGCCUUGCAAUGCUGUCUCUACAUCCUUUUAUAGAUUGUUUCCCUUAAAAGAAUCGCAUGUGUUGUCCCUUUACAAACUGAUAUUUUCAUUGCUAUGGGUGGUUGUGCUGGUGUGGAUGCUGUGGUAAGAGCUUGUCUGUAUUAACAGCCAAGAUUCUGGUAUACAGUGACAUAAUGAUCAAGGAAUGGAAUGGAAGCAACGCUACAAAUGUGCAAAUGCCCCCUUAGUGACAGACACACACAUGGGCACUCACAAAGGAACUUCCCUGUGUUUUGUGUGCCAGACACUUUUUUAGAAAAUUGAAACUCUUGGUAGUGAAGCAGCCUUCAUCAACUUUGUGCCCUCCUGAUGGUUUGGACUGUGACUCCAAUCAACCCCGAUUGUGCUAGUUGGGACUGAUGAGGGUUUCAGCCCAAACCAUCUGAAGAGCACCAUAUUGGCAAAGUCUGCUUUAAAAUAUUUGACUUCUUGUGCAGCUAAGCUGGCAAACUGUGCAGGCAGGACUGAAUGCCUCAAAACUGGCUAGCUAACUCAAAUGGGCUUAACUUGAACCAGGCUGUAGCCCUUGAACCAGUCUCUGAAGCCCAUUGUUCAGCCAUAUUAGAGCACAAUCACAGUUUGAUUCUGUAAGCUCAGAAUAUCUGAGAGAUGUAGAAAAAGGAUUCCCAUUGGAGCUGAGCACUGCAUAAUCCUAUGACUUCAGAACCUGCCACAUGACUUUGCUGGUGGGGGAUUGAUGGAUAUUUUCAAUCACUAGCAACUGAGGCUAUGCUGUUAACCACCAAAAUAAAAUAUCCAGAACUGACCAAGGACACAUAGAGCAGAACAUACUGUGCAUGCAAAUCCAUACCCCUGAGGCAUGUGAAUAGCAAGCUCAGGAAGCUAAUUAUCAUUUCCAUCGUGUACCUUCAGAUUUCUAAUAUCAUACUUGAGGCAAGAGGACACAUUUUUCUUGCAGUUCCUCACAAGUUUGGUCCUUCCACUGUACCAUCAGAGCAAGAUACCAGCAGGACACCUAGUUCUUAGAAUGCAGCAUCUCUUGGUUCUUCCAGGAGGUGUAACUUCUGUGCCUCUUUCACAGAGUUGAAAUUCUUGCAAUGUAUUCUGUAUACCAGUAUCUGGAUGCCUUCCAAUUAAUUUUCCACCGCUUUUGGAAUGCAAGUGCUGAAUCCAUUUGGAUAAUUUCCUUCCAUAAUUAGCACUAAAGCUUCAAGCCAUUUGCAUGGAUCGUGUCAAAUAACUCAAGGCUUCAAGAAGAUAAAAUGAAAAAAAAAUGCUUCUCAUUUCCUCCUGCAUAAUUUUUAGCCAAAUCAUAACUCCAGAGGGAGUUUCAGCAAUGCAGAGAAGAAAUACAUUUUAAACUUGUUUUGUGAGAUACGUUCUGCCCCUCUGUUGAUAAGAUGGUAGGAAACUAAUGUCUUCAGUGCCUUGAUUUUGCUGGACAGAGUGGACUGUUUUUACUUCAAAUGAGCCCUCAAAGCCUAACAUUAUAAAAAGGACUUGAAUUUCCUUGAACUGGUAGGAAAGAGCACAGUUAAAGUCUUGCUUGUUCAGAAAAUCAGACGGUGAGUCAAAAACAGAGAGAAGGUCCAUGCAGCUGAUUGUAGUUACCUUCCCUCACUUUGUAAUGUAGAAAUGAGAAAUUCCUCACCUGUAAAACAUGACCUACUUUACCAUGAGGGUGAUGACAAUUAAGGGCAGUGAAAAAGAUUCAUAUAGCACUUGGCAUUUCCAGUUUGCAUUAUGGAUGCUGAUCUUUGCAGAGCAGAUUUCUAGUGAGGCAGGACAUGCUGUUUGGUCCAUUGGUCAAGGCUUCAAAUUGUGGAGAUGUCAUACUGCUAGUGGUCAUUUCAGUAAAUGUAUUUCUGAUCCUUAAGGCUACCACUUUGCAGGUUUGCAUAUCUCUGGCUGCUGCAAUUAACUCUUCUGCGUGGUGGUGGGGAUGUCAUGUACCAUGAAUUUUAUGGGUCUUCAGAUCUGGUGAAGGGCUUCUCUCCUUUUUGAUGAGAGUGAUUGGUGGGAUUCCGUUAAUGAAUUUCAUGUGAAUUCCAGUUGUCCUCUCUCCAGAAAUGAACUGUAUCAAGACUGGCAUGUGGCUGAAUUCGAACCAUGCUCCAAACAACACCCCCCCCCAAGGCCUUUGUUGGGAAAUUGCUCAAAAGUUCGAAGUUCUGGCUUUAUUUCAUCUUCCGCAUAACACAAUGGUUACAGUUGGCCCAGAGACAAAUGGGCAAGCCUUUAAGGGAGCACAGUAGAUGUGCAAACACUGCAGGGGAGCUAUUUCUGGGCACUACCUCACCCUGAGUCCUCUUUGGUCCGCCUGGUCCAUAGCAUAUCCUGGUCCAUAGCAACUGUCUAGCCGAUGAUCUCCAGGGCAGUCUCUGGCAGGAAGAGAGAAAAGGCCUUUCCCAUCACCUACUGCUUGGCUGAUUCAUUUUAACCUGAAAUGCUUCCAGGAAUGGGCUUUUGGGCACAGAACAGGUGCCCUGCCACUGAGCUGAGGUAGCUCCAGCAAAACAAGGGUGCACCUCCUUCAUUUUCAUUUAGUUAUAAUUAGCAGUGCAUUAAAAUGGAUCCACUCUGGUUUUAUUAACAUCAUCAUCACCAUUAUUUAUUCAUAUACCGCUUAUAGACUUGUGGGUGGUUUACAAAGCAUGAAAACCAGUUAUACAAACAUUUAAAAUAUAAACAUCCAUAAUAAACCCAUUUAGACAUUUAAAAAAUUAUAUUUCUUAAAGGCAGCUAGUAGCUUCAGGAGAGGCCCCAGUGUCAAAGCCCAUCCUGCUGCAGUCCCUCUCCUGAAGCGGCCCUGUGCUGCCACCUUUCUUUUGUAAUUGCAAGGUGUCUUUUGGGCUCUUUUGUGGGUGCUCAUCUAAACCAUUUCCCCCUCUGCUGCUCCCUCCACAGUUUGGCGAUUCGCAGCAACUGCGGCUGGUCCGUAUCCUACGUAGCACAGUCAUGGUUCGUGUUGGUGGAGGAUGGAUGGCCCUGGAUGAGUUUUUAGUGAAGAACGAUCCUUGCAGAGGUAAGAAAUGGAGAGUGAUUCUUAACAAACAUGGGGCUCUGAACCUCCCCCAGUGUAAGGCUUUGAGGUGUCUGCCAUUAAAAGUGAGUGGGCCAGGACCACCCAUGGAGCCCAGCCCAGCCCAGCCCAGCAGGAAGUCUUCUUGAGGUCUAGUCAAGGACUUCUUGAGGAGGGUGGCCUGUGUUGAUGAGUGGGAGAGAAGUGCCAGUGAGGUUCUCUGCUGCAAACACCAUGAUAUCUUGGGCAGACCUUAGUCCAUCCUGAAUGUCAGCAUAAGUACCAAUAAGUACUUGACUAGGACUUCCUAUGUAACACUCACAUGUUGGGGUGGGGGGAGAAGUAGAAUCCAUCAGAGCCCCCACCCUCCUACCCACCUCUUCACAUCUGUGGGCUGAGCUCUCUUCUCGUACCCUUUCCAUUUUUCCUCUAAAAUGGCUGCCCUGCAUGCCAGCCAGCGUGUAAGAGACUUCUCCUUGCCUUUUUCCUCCUCCUCCUCCUCCUCUUUGACCCCCACUGCUGUUUGUUUUUCCUGCUCUAUCUUUUCUUUGUAUAUAUGUAUUUUCUUUAUUCUAGUUCACCACCCGGGAAGUAAAAUAAAACGCUCUGAUUCCAGCUCUUCGAUUGCCAGUCAGUCUCCGAUAGGUUGGCGGUUUUUCUUGGCUUCCUCUCACUACUCCUCCUCCACUUGUUGGGAAUGGCUUUGCUUCUCUAACCUGCCUUGAUCUUCCCCAUCAUCCCCUCUGGCCCAGAAUAGUACUUUGCUGUAGUGAAGGGCAUGGGGUGGGGGCAGAGAGAGAGACAAAUAACUUCUUUUUUUUGGCUGAUUUGGGCUGAAAGCUGCAAGUUGAGUAGGCUUCACAGCCCCUGCCUCAUCUUGUUCCUGUCUGUCACAUUGGCCCUGAAAUCACCAUUCACUUUUUCCAAAGGGUUGCAACAUGUAUCCUCUGCACCAGCUUAUGCUCGCAGCAGCCUUGAUGGGUUCAGCUGCGCAAGAGCAGCUUGCCCCGAGUGAGGAGCAGGGAUUUGGGGCCUGGUUCAACACCAGACUAGCUUCCUUUCUUGCCUUUUCUGCAUCUCCCUCAGUCCCAAAAAAAUUUCCUCCCCUUUUCUAUUAUAUCAUUUACCUUUUCUCCUGGAAAUUGCCUGUAAGUAAAUAUGGUGUUCUGUAAGACAAAAGGCUGAUGUUAGAGGCUUGUGAGGGAAUGGCGACCCACCCAACCCUCCAGCCUGCAGUCUGGGCCCCCUUCCUUUGAAGACAGGUUAUUCCUUCUGGCCUGUGGCUGUUGGGUGGCCAUUUUCCCCUUCCCUCCCAUGAUAGUUUGUCUGAAUGCGGCUGCAUGCUGCCAUGUUGUAAAACAUCUGGGAUAGUCUUCGCCAGUCAGUGCUUUCCAGAUGUUAUGGACUAUAACACUCAUCAUUCCCAGCUAGCAUGCACUAUGAAAGAUGGGGCUGAUGGGAGUUGUAGUUCAAAGCAUCUGAGGGCCUAGGGUUCAAGAAAGCUGCUCUAGGAUUUGUUUCUUGAUUGCCUCUUGGUAUUGCUGAUUCUUCCGUUCCUGGUGCUGCUCUUGAGCACUCCUGCUAGGCGUCCGCAGAUUGUUCUGACGCAAUCCUAGGGGUGCUUCCAGAUGGGGGUUUAUCAUGGAAUCAGCGCUCCUGAUGCAUGCAAGUGUUUUACAGAGUCCACACAACAUUGUUGACAUCAAAAAGCCAGCUUGUACCAACUCUGAAUUUGAUCUUACUGGGGAAAAUCUGAUAAAUAUAUAUAUAAACCCAGAUACCAACAACCCACUUGCGGUAUCUCAGUAGCUCGUUUGCAAGCUAAGCCCCUCUCUGUAAGUCCCCUUGGCAGCUGUAAUUGCUUGUCUUGGGGUAGAUAAUGUGUGAAAUCUCCAGCUGCCCCUUUUUCUGCCUGGCAAGGCUUUAUGCAUGGUGUCUUGCUCAAUUAACAAAACUGCUCCUUGCUGUGUGUAUCUGUUUGUUAGGUUUGUUGCUGUUUUUCCUGUAAAACUGAAGAAUAUGCUUGCUGUUUUGCUAUGAAGCAGGUGGUAUAAUUGCAGAGGAAGGAAACUGAAAAUUGGGGAAGGGGUGUAGCUCAGUGGGAGAGCAACUGCUCUGCCUGCAGGUGAUCCCAGGUUCAGUCCCUGAUGGCAUCUCCAGGUAGGGCUGGAAGAGACUCCUUCCAGAAAUUCUGGAGAGCCGCUGCCGGUCAGUGUACGCAAUGCUAAGCUAUGGGGAUCAAUGAUCUGACACAGUAUAAAGCAGCUUCCUAUGUUCCUGUAUCCUGGUUGCAAAUUUUAAGUCAGGUUUAUUUCCUUCCAUUUCUUGAGAAUCAGGUGAAAAUGAAUUGAGAGCUCUUUGGACGACACUUUGUUUCCCAGACCUCUUGCCACAUAAACUUAGCUAAGUGUGCUGUGCCAGCAGCUGAGCAAGCUCUGCUUUGGGUCAGCAAGCUUCCCACAGCUGGGGGGGGGGGAUCAUAGAAUUGUAGAGUUGGGAGGGAACCCAAGGGUCAUCUAUUCACCCCCGCAAUGCAGGAAUCUUUUGCUCAGUCUGGGGUUUGAAGCCACGACCUUGAGAUUAAGAGUCUCAUGUUCUGCUGACUGAGCUAUUCCAGAAUUCUUUGGUGCUGAACUGAGACUGGGUAAAGGAGACUCCUCCCACUCCAGAGGAUCCUUCACUAUCCUGUAAAGCAGAUUGUACAGAAGGACGUAAUAGAUGGCGUUGGUGGUAUAGACGAGAUGGGCGCUGUCUAUACGUGCUUAGAGGUUGCAUAUCUGAGUCCUUUCAAAAGUGUGUGGACUUGCCCUGUUGCAGGCUGAAACACCACUGCUCUGAAUGAUGGUUGUGGUGGGGGCUUCUAUAUGAGCUACAGAAUGCUCCUAGAUCUUUCCCCUCCUAGGAAGACUUUUCCUCUCUAUCUUGAGACUUUUAAGCUGCUGCUGGUGUAGCAAAGUGAGAAGACCAAGGGGUCUGUCUCACAGAAAAUUAACUGGAAGGAGGAGGAAAGAAUCCAAAGCACACCCCAGCAAGCCUGCACCAGGGAGUCAGAAGCAUCUGGCUUUGCCUGGCUUUGCCAUCUGUUUAUAUUUCAGACUCUGGUUUCUUUGGCUAUUUUUUCUUCAUGUUUUAUGGUGGUUCCUUUCCUACAGCUCGAGGAAGAACUAACCUUGAACUUCGAGAGAAAUUCAUUCUCCCAGAGGGAGCUUCUCAGGGAAUGGCGCCAUUCCGGUCCAGGGGGCGCAGGUCAAAGCCCUCCUCUCGGGCAGCCUCCCCAACGCGGUCCAGCUCGAGCGCCAGCCAGAGCAACCACAGCUGCACUUCGAUGCCCUCCUCCCCAGCCACACCUGCAAGCGGGACAAAGGUGAGAGGGCUUCUUUAACCAUUAAAAAUGGCUUCUGUCACUCAGUUGCUCCCGGACAGGUACAGGCCUCUGAGUGUCCAGUGGGGCCUGUCCACAGAGGACAGAACUUUCAGGGUCACUCAAACAUUUAUUUCUGCCCACGAUGACAAUGAAAUGCUGUCACAUCCAGGUGGGUAGAGUGAAAUGGCGGAGUUCCUCUUCCCCUCCCCUCCCCUCCCCCAAAUUACACCUGUCUGUUUAUGUCUCAUUUUAAUUUUUGGGCCAUCCCUGGUUUGUUUUCCUGGCUUCUGUGAUCCUGAGAGUUUUUCUCCCCGACGCUUGGCCUGGGUGAGAUGGCCACGUUGGCAGUGGGCACAGAGCACAACCCCUACUUAUGUAACUCUCAUCUCGUCGCCCAUUUUGUAUGUUUCCUUUCAUUACCUGUUGGGUUUGUUUUUUUAUUUUAUUUUAGGGUUUAUUUACUUUUCUGUUUUUAUUUUCCUUCCAUCCUGUACACCUCCCUCCCCGCCCCAUCCCUCCUUUCCUUUCACUCCCUUCCCCCUUCCCUCCCUCUCCCUCAAUUUCUCUUUGGAUUUUCCAUUUCACAGACUCCGCAUCACUUCACUCGCAGUUAUGACAAACCCUGGUUGGUAAACAGCAAGGCAGGUACCCCUUUGAGGGGCUACGAUAAUGCUGACCUCCACCUGUCUGCUUCUGAGGUAGAGUAUGGCUUACAUGGGCCAGUCCCUGUUGCAAAAGGAGGAGCCCCCUUGGCUUCCUUUUCCCCUCUCUUAAUGCUUUCCUUGUUAUAACAGCGCUUGAUAACACCUCUUUCCAUGCUAGGGCUGCUGCUGUGUUGCUCAUGGGGCUUCUAACUCUGGUUUCUUAAAGACAAAAAGAUUUGUUCUUCAAAAUACUCUUUCAAAACCAACAGAACGUUAACACACAGUUUGCAACCAGUUUGUGUUGAAAGAACAAACAUUUCCCCAGGAGUUCAAAGUGAGAAAAUCUUUCAAGUUUUGGGCUGUUUUAGAACAUUAAAUGAAAGAGAUAUGAUAGAGGAGGAUAUCACUUAAAAGUCAGGACUCAUGAAUAAAACAGCCGAGUUAAUACUUUGAAAAUCAGUGCCUGUGCCUGUACAGAAACCCCUCAAUUUGUCAUCCCACAUACGACGCAGGUGAGAAUGUUGGGAGGGGAGAAGCUUCUUAGAAACAUCUGCCUGGCUGCUUUUGGAGGUAGGAGGCUGGGUUAGAUGGACAUCCUUUUCCCUCCCUCCCUCCCACCAGGGCAGUUCUUACAGUCAUGGGAAUGUAAGUCCCAGCCAAACAGGAGGAAUGGGGACGGUAUUAAUGAUGGGCUGCCGGCUUGGUGUCCAUAUAAGUUGCUCAGACCUGAAAUGAUUGUUGCUUCAGUUUGCUUUUCUCCAACUGGGUGCCCUCCAGAUGUCUUAGAUGACACACUGUGCUGGUGAUCAGAGUCAUACUCCAAAAUGUUUGGAAGGCAACAAGUUGGUGAAGCUGUUUUCGGAACAUAGGAUGCUGCCUGAGUCCAUCUGGCCCAGUGUUGUCAACACAGGCUGGCAGCAGCUCUCCAGAGUCUCUGGCAGGAGUCUUUCCCAGGCCUACCUGGAGCCGCUGUUGGGGACUGGACCUGGGACCUUCUGCAUGUGCAAAGCAUGUGCUUUAGAUUAAGCAUUUCCCUGCUUUGCGCCACUAGAAAAGCAAAGACAGUUGGUGCACCAGCAAUGGACUCCCUCUUCACAUCUAGUGCUUGGGAACUGGAGUGAGUUGGGAGGAUGCUUUUUGCUCCAGUUUUUCCUCCCACUGAAAUAGUAGCUGGCAUCCUGCUCUGCACCUGCUUUAAAGAGGCUAAUGGGAGCUGCAGCUGUGGUGUCCAAAAUGAGCAGGAUCCCGCCCACUCCAGUUCCGAGCUGCUCUCUGUCCUGCUUCUUCCAUGGGGCACAAGUAGAACAGUUCAGGGCCAAGUGGAUCCCCUGCUCUUUCUAGACAGGGGUGUGAUGACUUGGACUAAACCUCACCAAAGGUGCCUUCUUGCUGCUCAUGCUCAAGUGCUCAGGAGCUUCUUUUCUGCCCUUUCUAGAGACGGCAAGCACAGGGGUCCAAUUAAUGAGCCUGCCAUCCAGCGCUGGGUGGUAAAGAGGACUAAUAGCAGAGAAUGGCCUUCUUGGUGUGUCUUGUCUGUCUGCUUCUCUUCUUGGCCCGCAGCACCUUAAAGGUCAUGAGGAACAUGGGGUGGGUGGGCAGGCAGCCCUGUAAAUGUGUUCAUGUCCACUAACAGAAAGCAAAAUGGGCAGGUGAAGAGCUGGAUGUCCACAGAAGUUCCCACGUGGGACUUCCUGGCUACAGCAGCCACAAUUCAGUCUUUCUGGGUUCUUGUUUAAUAACUGUUGAGCCCCUCUGUGAUUCAUGGGGAGGGGACAGCAGGGCUUGAUGCUCCUUCAUUCCUUGUUGACCUUUAAGAUGCAGUGGGGGCUGCAGUCUGGCUGCUGGAGUGCAGGGAUCCUCUCAACCAGCACCUGUUUAGGAAGCAAAUGAUGACUGUUGAGAUAAACGUCUCUUUCUCCCAAGGUUGUUCCCUCUUCAAGCAGCAAGCUGAAGCGACCCACUUUCCACUCCAGCCGGACUUCUCUCGCUGGCGACACCAGUAACAGCUCCUCGCCAGUGUCUUCAGGUGCCAAAACUAGUCGGGCUGGUAAGUGCCUUUCUGGAAGUGACACAGUCCCUGCUUGUAUGCUGCGUGUAUUGCCUUUUCAUUCUUUGUUUUGUGAAUCACUUCGAGGCUUCCUUUGGUUUCGGGAAACAAUGAACAAACUCAGUAAACUGAACUGAACAUUCAGGUGAACACAGGAGUGGGACUUGGGUCAAGGUGCUCUGAGUUUCAGCUUCUACUUCUGUUAGGUGGGAUGAGUAAUUCCAGCCUCCCUAAUGAGGCUUACUUCCUUCAGGGGCGGGCUGGGGCCUCCUGCUGCUUACAGUCUUCACUCUGCCCUUGUAAGCCUCAAGUGUACUUGCAGCUGGUUUCCUGUGCUCUUGGGAGCAUGGCCAUUUCUCUGUGUGCACCAGUCAACGGGUCAGAGCUAUUGCAGGUGGCGCCGACUGGAAGUUCAGCACACUUUCACUAUAGCCAAUUCCAUUUAUGCAAAGUUUUAUUAUUUUAGCCCGCAACCCUGCCCCCACAUAGCUGUGCAUAAGCCCUAUUGCACUCGGUGGGACUUCUGAGUAGAAAUAUAUACGGGAUGCACAGGAGCUUUUUGUUGAGAAAUUAAUAGCAAGUGAAAGCCCCCAUGCUUCAGUGAUUCCUCCAAGACAUAAGGAAGCCCACACAUGACCCCGCCAGGCCACAAAGUGGAAUGAAGCACCGAUGGUGAUACAGCAACAUCAGCCAGUUUGACUGUCACCCCCACUGGCUGUGAGGCAGUUCCAGAGCAAGGGGUAUCUCUAUAGAGAGUAGUACACUGAAAUAGGUUCAUCUGUGUUGUGGGGAGGGCCCGACUGCUCAGGCAUCAACUCCUUGUGGUAGCUGUGAGAGCCACCAUUCCAGCACACACAGGGGAUGUCUAAAGGGAAGGUGGCAUCUAGCUGGAAAACAAGACGGGGGCUGCCCUCGAGGGACGGAGGAAUAGCAUGUUGUAAGGCCUUCCUGGGUUUCCAUGGUGGUGAUGGACACAUCUGUUUUACUUUUCAGAUCCUAAGAAAACAAGCAGUCGCCCUCAGAGCCGGGCAGGGAGCCGGGCAGGGAGCCGCGCCAGCAGCCGGCGGGGCAGUGACGCAUCUGACUUUGACCUCCUAGAGACACAGUCAGCCUGCUCAGACACUUCCGAAAGCAGCGCAACGGGGGGGCAAGGCAGCUCCCGACGGGGCGUGGCAAAGCCCUCCAAAAUCCCCACCAUGUCUAAGAAAGCCACCACAGCCACCCCCAAGACGCCAGGCCCCAAGAGAUAA